UCCAAACCGUUCAACUCGCACCUCCACUUUUGUAUUUUCUCACAAAAAACACGCAAAAAACUCGCGAAAUAGCAUAAAAAAUACUCUUCAUUUCCAUCUGAAUCCAUCUAUUCAAGCUACUCUUACUAGUACGAAUUCAGUGGCAGCAAUUUUGAUUUUGAUGUUUGGUCUGUAAAACUAUGCUCUGGAUCUCAGAAAAGGGAAGGAGGAAAGGAUAAAGAGCAAUAAAAAUGGUGUUUAAGGGGAGAUUUUUUGCUUCUAAAAAGUCAGAUGCUUCUAGCCCAGAUGGAUCCUCCAACAGUCCUCGAUCUUUUGGGUCUAACUCCAAUUCCCCGAUCCGAUCCGAUAAGAAGAAGCCUAAGUCAUCUUCGCCAUCCAUUUCCAAAGACAAAUCCCCAAGCACCCCAACCACCAGCUUCAGCAAAAAUCAAAUUAAAAAAAAGGACUUUAAAGUGAAAGAUGCACAGAAUUUGAGUAAUCACAGUUCUGGAAUCUCAUCUUCAUUUGCUCCUUCCAAGUUGAAAAAACCAGAAGAAGCUCUGGGGCCGAGGCCCACCUCUGUGUCUGUGUCGCCGAUAGUUGCAUCGUCGCUGGGGUUGAACAAGAUAAAGACACGAUCGGGGCCAUUGCCGCAGGAGAGUUUCUUUAGUUUUAAUAGUAGAGAAAAGGGGGUUCCUUUAGGUUCCAGUAAAUUGUCAAAGCCAUGUGGCCCUGGUGGUGUUGUUGGUGGCGGUAGUGUUAGUGAUGGGGUUUUUGGCGGGAAGAAGGAGAAAUCAUUGGUGGAGAAUGCUGAUAAUGGGAGCAAGGAUACUCUGUCAAAUGAGAACAGGCAGCCAUGGGACCGGAGCCCAAAUGUAGUCAAGGCUCAGGCCAGGUCACGGCUCCAAAAUGGGGAAUCAUCUUCUGGAGCUACUAGGCGUUUUGAUUCAUCAUGGCGUCAUUCUGGAGAACUUAGGAGUUUGAAUAUACAUACUCCAGAAAUGAAGACAUCAUAUGAAUGUGACAACCCGAAGGAGUCUGAAUCUCCCCGCUUUCAAGCUAUCCUUCGAGUUACCAGUGCUCCUAGGAAGAGGUUUCCUGGUGAUAUCAAAAGUUUCUCUCAUGAAUUGAAUUCCAAAGGUGUACGGCCUUACCCAUUUUGGAAGCCUCGAGGUUCAAAUAAUUUGGAGGAGGUUUUGACUAUGAUAAGGACAAAAUUUGACAAAGCAAAGGAAGAAGUGGAUUCAGAUCUGCAUAUUUUUGCUGCAGAUCUGGUUGGAACUCUGGAAAAAAAUGCAGAAAGCCAUCCAGAAUGGCAGGAAACUUUAGAGGACUUACUGGUUUUGGCUCGGAGCUGUGUCAUGAUGUCUCCUGGAGAAUUUUGGCUUCAGUGUGAAGGCAUAGUUCAAGAUUUGGAUGAUAGGCGUCAGGAACUUCCUAUGGGCAUGUUAAAGAAGCUUCAUACUCGAAUGCUUUUUAUACUCACUAGGUGCACAAGAUUGUUGCAGUUCCACAAGGAAAGUGGGUUGGCUGAAGAUGAACCUGUUUUUCAGCUCCGGCAGUCACUUCAGCCUGCAGAAAAAUGUGUUAGCACAGGGAAGGAUGGGAAGAUUUCUACUGAUGCAAAAUCCUCCCACGUUCACCCCACAAGGAAAUCUUAUAGUCAAGAGCAACAUGUUGAAACCACAAAGAACUUGGAUCCUUCUAUCAGUAGGAAUCGGAUGGCUUCGUGGAAGAAAUUUCCAUCUCCUACUGGAAAGGUACCCAAAGAUGAUAUCGUUGCUUCAGUUAAGGAGGAACGGAAUGAUAAUAUUGUGGCUUCAGUUAAGGAGGAACAGAAUGAUCAUAUCGUGGAAGCUUCAAAAAUAUUAAGCAACACAAGAGUAUUGCAUGAUGUUGAUCUCGCUACUUCUAAAGCUUUUGAAUCUCCUGCAAAAGAUUCUCAUAUACAGCAUUCAAUGCCCUCCAAGCACCAACGUAAAGUCUCAAGAGGAAACUGGGGUGAUCAACCAAGUGUUUUUGAUGAAAGUUCAAUGAUCUGUCGCAUUUGCGAGGAGGAGGUUCCCACUUUACACGUGGAAGACCACUCUAGAAUUUGUGCAAUCGCCGAUCGAUGUGAUAAGAAGGGUCUGAGUGUCAAUGAGCGCCUAGUAAGAAUAGCUGAAACUCUUGAGAAGCUGAUGGAGUCGCAUUCGAAGGACUUCCAACAUAUUGGGAGUCCAGGUGGUGCCAAAGUAUCAAAUUCGAGUAUGAUCGAAGAAUCUGAUCUUCCUUCUCCAAAACUCAGUGACUGGUCUCACAGAGGCUCAGAAGACAUGCUAGAUUGUUUUCCGGAAGCAGAUAAUUCUGUCUUCAUGGAAGAUAUGAAGGGUUUACCUUCCAUGUCGUGUAAAACUCGCUUUGGUCCAAAGUCUGAUCAAGGAAUGACGACAUCAUCAGCUGGCAGCAUGACUCCUAGGUCACCUUUGAUGACGCCGCAGAUGAGCCAGAUAGACUUGCUUUUGUCAGCGAAAGGUGCUUACUCUGAACAUGGCGAUCUUCCUCAGAUGAAUGAACUUGCUGAUAUUGCUCGAUGUGUAGCUAGUACCCUCCUGGAUCAUGAUAACUCUGUGUCGUAUCUGCUUUCUUGCCUUGAAGACUUGAAAGUUGUUACAGACCGCAGAAAAUUUGAUGCUCUCACAGUGGAAACUUUUGGAGCACGAAUAGAAAAAUUGAUCAGAGAAAAAUAUUUACAACUAUGUGAAUUAGUAGUCGACGACAAGGUUGACAUCACAAGCACUGUAAUUGAUGAAGAUGCUCCUUUAGAAGAUGAUGUUGUACGCAGCUUGCGAACUAGCCCGGUACAUCCCACCAAAGACCGGACCUCGAUAGAUGACUUUGAGAUUAUAAAGCCAAUUAGUCGUGGGGCAUUUGGCCGGGUUUUCCUGGCAAAGAAGAGAACUACAGGGGAUCUGUUUGCAAUCAAGGUGCUCAAAAAGGCAGAUAUGAUCCGUAAGAAUGCAGUUGAAAGUAUUUUGGCCGAAAGGGAUAUAUUGAUCUCAGUUCGCAAUCCUUUUGUGGUUCGCUUCUUCUAUUCAUUCACUUGUCGUGAAAACUUGUAUCUUGUGAUGGAGUACUUGAAUGGUGGAGAUCUUUAUUCAUUGUUGAGAAAUCUAGGUUGUUUAGAUGAAGAUAUUGCUCGUGUCUAUAUAGCUGAAGUUGUGCUUGCUCUGGAAUAUUUGCAUUCUCUGCGCGUGGUUCAUCGUGAUCUGAAGCCUGAUAAUUUGUUGAUUGCACACGAUGGUCAUAUCAAGUUGACAGAUUUUGGGCUAUCUAAAGUUGGUUUAAUCAACAGCACUGAUGAUUUAUCGGCUCCAGCUGUCAAUGAAACAUCCCUAAUGGAAGAUGAUGAGCAACAAUUGUCUGCAUCUGAGCAUCAACGGGAAAGGCGUAAGAAACGCUCUGCUGUUGGUACACCAGACUAUUUGGCACCCGAGAUUCUUCUAGGAACUGGGCAUGGCUUUACUGCUGAUUGGUGGUCUGUGGGUAUUAUUCUAUUUGAGCUGAUUGUUGGCAUUCCGCCGUUCAAUGCAGAGCAUCCUCAGAAAAUUUUUGAUAAUAUUCUCAACCGCAAUGUUCCUUGGCCUCGGGUCUCUGAAGAAAUGAGCCAUGAAGCACACGACCUGAUUGAUCAAUUACUGACUGAAGAUCCUAACCAGAGACUUGGAGCUAGAGGAGCCUCAGAGGUGAAGCAGCAUCCGUUUUUCAGAGAUAUUAACUGGGAUACGCUUGCUAGACAAAAGGCUGCAUUCAUCCCUGCCUCGGAGAGUCCACUAGAUACAAGUUACUUCACAUGCCGUUUCUCUUGGAAUACUGCGGAAGAACAAGUGUAUGCAGUUAGUGAAUUUGAAGAUUCUAGUGACAAUGGUAGCAUAAGUGGUAGCAGCAGUUGCCUAAGCAAUCGACAUGAUGAACUGGAUGACAUACACGGAGAUGAAUAUGGCGGUUUUUCGGAAUUUGACUCAAGCUCUGCCAUCAAUUAUUCCUUUAGCAAUUUUUCGUUUAAGAAUCUCUCCCAGCUUGCAUCAAUCAAUUACGAUUUGCUUACAAAGGGUUGGAAAGACGAUUCACCAACAAAUUCAAAUGCAUAAUUACGGUACUUCUGGCAAAUGUGAACACAAUGAGGAGCCAGAUGUCAUCCUGUUUGUAUACCACCCUGUAAAUAUAUAGAAGCUAGCGGGGAUGUGUUUUUGCUGUAAAGGCUUCUACCGUAUGGCUUGAGUCUUGUCAUUUGGUCUGACGAUGUCUGGAUUCUUUUGUACGCGAACCUUGAGUUGAUGGUCUUCGGCCAUGAUGUCGUACUUGUGUUUAUCCCGAACUGUAAUGAGAACGCAUCCCCCUUUUUGAUCUAUAUUUCGAUUAUGUUUGAUUUCCUUGCUGUGUUUCAACUACUCUGUAAAAUUCGUGGCAAGGAAAAAAGAAGCUGAAAUCAGAUUUGUGUUCUUCACGUUA